GUGGUGGUUUAGCUGGAAACGCCGGAGAUGGGGGGCAGAGGCCGGCCGAGAAAGAAAGAUCCGCCGCCUAAGGGUGGUGCUGCAACAAAAACAAUAGAUCUGAAAGAUGAUAAUGGGGAGCAAAAUCGCAUCUCAGUUGAGGAAACCAACAAAGAGCAAACAGAGGUCGUGAAGCUUGCUGCUUGCGAUCCUCACCAAAUGGGUCUUGAAAUUGAGAAAUCAGGGCAUUUGAGCCCAGAUCUAGGGGAGAAAGAAGGGGACGAUGAAGGGAUUUUGCUAGAUCUAGCUGUCUCGACGCAAGGCCAGAGGAAAAGCAGAUCUGAUGUUGGUUCCAGGGAUGAAAGAGCAGAUAAGGGGAAGAACGAGGCCGGCCCCGUGGAAGGGAAAGUAGCGAAGGGGAAGAAGGGAGUGCACUCGGAGAAUCAGCCGUCUGUCAUCCAGAUGAAGCAACCUUCUGGGGAAAAGGACGCUGGUUCUACAUCCGGUACUGCGAUUUCUCCUAGUGCUUGGUGGAGUGACCUGAUUGAGAAGGAGAAAGGGGAAUUUCAACCAUCCCUAAAGCAGAAGCCACUGUGUAGUUGGGCUUCGGUUGUGGAAGGGAAUAGGGAUAUCAGUAAAGGAUGGGAUUUGCAAUACAUAAAACCUCAAGAUCCAACUGGUGCUGUGGUUAUUACCGAGGAUGAGUGCGUUAAAGGGUCAAAGAUUUGGGAGAAUGCUCUUGUUGGGUAUGUUCUGGGAUCUAAACCUGAGUUUAAGGAUGUUGCUAAUUUCGUGAAUAACAGGUGGAGGGAAUUCCAGGUGCCUAAGGCAUUUAUGUUGCGAAAUGGAGUUUUCUUGUUUGAUUUUGGUAAUGGAGAUGCAAAGCAGGCGGUGCUAGAGAGGCACUGGACAUUUAAUGGGCACCCUUUGAUUUUGAAACAGUGGACUCCAGAUUUUGAUCCUGACAAUUUGGAUAUCAGUAAGAUUCCUGUCUGGAUCCAAUUUCCUGAACUCCAUUUGAGUCUUUGGAAUCCUGAGAGCUUAGGAAAGCUAGCAAGCUAUGUGGGAGUUUCUAUUGCAACUGAUGCAUUAACAGCUAAAAGGCAAAGAGUGGCUUAUGCUCGUAUGCUAGUGGAGAUGGAAAUCAUUGACACUCUGCCCCGUGUAGUUCCUAUUAUUGGUCCUAAGGGUGUGUUCCAACAGCCUGUGGUUUUUGAAUGGGAGCCUAUCAGAUGUGGUAAAUGUAGAAACUUGGGGCAUGAAGAGAGGAAAUGUACUGCUAAGGAAAAAAAGGUGUGGGUUCCAAAAAAACCUGCCGAGGAGCAGGUGGUAAAUCAGAUAGUUGGCAAGAAGUCUAUUGAGGGGAAUGAUGAAGUAUGUGGUGGUGAAGUGCAAACUGCUACAAAUGUGAAGCAGAGUACACUUUCACGUUCUUCUGGAGAGCUGAUAGGGGAAAGAAAUGAGCAAAGUCCAGUGCAACUGGAAGUGGGAGCUGUGAAGUCAAUAAAUCUGCAGAGUGAGACUAGUACUGGCACAGGGGAUAAAGAGAUGAUGCAAAAGGCAGCAGGGGGAGAAUCUUCUGUAAUUGGGGAUGUUAAAUUUUUGUGCACAAUUGUCUAUUCUUUUAAUACUUUUGAUGGUAGACUAGCAUUAUGGGAUCAAGUUAGAGAUCUAAACGUUGAAAAUGUGCCAUGGAUAAUUUCUGGAGACUUUAAUACAACUCUAAAUUAUGGUGAAAGGGUGAAGCCUAGUGGAGUUGUUUGGGGAGAUACCUCUGAGCUCAAGGAUUUUGUCAAUAGAAUGGAGGUUUUUGAUUUGCAAUUUUCAGGUGCUUUCUUCACUUGGAGUAAUAAGCAAGGGGAAAAUGACAGGCUGUGGUGUAAGCUGGACAGGGUAAUGGCUAAUUCAUCAUGGGUUAGUGCAUUCCCAAAUACUUCUGUUGUCUUUCUAAACCCACAAUCCUCAGAUCACUCACCCUCUUUAGUGACUAUGGAUGUAUUGAUGAACGAGAAACCAAGGCCAUUUAGAUUUUGCAAUGCUUGGUCUAAGGAUGAAAACUUCCUUGAUUUGGUUAGGGAAGCUUGGAGUGUGGAUGUUCAGGGCUGCCCUAUGUUUGUGGUAGUGCAGAAAUUGAAAUUAGUAAAACAGAAGAUGCAGCAGCUGCAUAAAAAUAGAUAUGGAAACUUGGAGGGAAGAAUAAAAGAUAUGGCAGCAGAGCUACAAAAUGUUCAAGCUUCCAUGCAGAAUGCUUUAUUUGAUGAGACUUUGGCUGCAAAGGAAAAGGAACUUCAAUGUGAAUUAACUAAGCUUGAGAGAGCAAAUUUGUCCGUAAUUGCCCAGCGAGCUAAAGUAACUUGGCUAAAGGAGAUGGACUCUAAUUCUGCUUAUUUUCAUGCUAAAGUAAAGGAGAGGCAACAUAGAAGUGUUAUUAACUCCAUCCUGAACAGUGAAGGAGUGAGAGUGACUCAGCCUGAACUUAUAGAACAAGAGUUUUUAAUGUUCUAUCAAAACUUGUUUGGAAAGGCAAAAAAAGGUGUUCAAGCAGUUGAUACGAAUGUUAUCCGCAGGGGCAGAGUGUUAACUACUAAAGGGUCAGAAGAGUUAUGCAGGCCAUUUACUGCUAAGGAAGUGGAGACUGCCCUAUUUUCAAUUCCUUCUAACAAAUCACCAGGGCUUGAUGGAUUCACUUCAAGGUUCUAUAGAGCAGCCUGGUCAAUAAUUAAAAAUGACGUCACGGCUGAUGUGUUGGAUUUCUUUGACAGUGGGAAAAUCCUCAAGCAAAUUAAUGCCACCAAUAUCACUAUUGUUCCGAAGGUGAGUUGCCCAAAUGUUGUCAGUGAUUAUAGGCCAAUAGCUUGUUGUAAUGUUAUCUACAAGGUGAUAUCAAAGCUCUUAACCCAGAGGAUUAAUGAAGUGCUGAGCAUGCUAGUUAGCAGCAAUCAAACUGCAUUUGUGAAGGGCAGAUCUAUAACAACAAAUUUAUUGAUUUGCCAAGAUCUGGUGAAGAACUAUCAUAGAAGUAAGGGGCCAGCUAGAUGCUUAAUGAAAAUUGAUCUACAAAAAGCAUAUGAUUCAGUGGAUUGGGGUUUUGUUAUUGCAAUGUUAAGAGGGCUAAACUUCCAUGAUAGAUUUAUUAAUUGGCUUAUGCUCUGUGUCUACUACCAGAUUCUCUGUAUUGAUAAACGGACAGCCAAAGGGUUAUUUUCAGGGGAAACGAGGGCUUCGACAAGGUGAUCCAAUCUCGCCUUAUCUAUUUGUGCUAGUGAUGGAAUAUCUCA